AUGAUUUUUCCACAGAAUUCCCGUUCACGAUCUUUGUACUGGCUCGCUGCCCAUGUUAUCGCUAGCGGCCCUUCAGACGAAUACUUGGGUUUUUGUGACUGGACGAUCCCAAAACUAUUUGAAGUGGUUAUUGCUCUGCCUGAGAAGGUCUUUCCUGAUCAUUUUUUUAAAAACCAAGGGGCACGAGCAUUCCAUCCUUUGCAAAGCAGUCUACAAUCCACCCUUUCGGACAAAUCACCAGCUUAUCGACCAGCUACCUGCGAGCUGGAAGAUGCUCUGGCGAUGCUCAGUUCCGGCUCGAUUCUAAAACUGGAACAUCCGUGCCUGCCGCUCUGUGAGAAAAGUGAUGAGCUUAGAGGAUUUUCUCAUCGGAUGAAAAAGGAAACAAUCGAAGAAAUUAAGGAGAUAAUGGUAGUGGAGGAAUUGGAAUACGGUAACGAUUGA